UGAAUGUUGAAUCUGUGUGUUGUCACUUCUCUGAAGGAUCGCUUUAUGGCUGAAAUCUUGCUUUCUUAUUAAUAUCUUUCAGUUAUUUUAGUGGCAACGUAUUGUUUGUCCUCUUGUUUAUUUAUUUUGUCAGCUUUCCCUGAGGAAGAAAAUUUCUAAUAGUUAAAUUAUACUAAUUUUGCUAAAAUAUUAUUACUAUAUCUAUUAAUAAAAAUAAGGCAAGUGUAAAGAUAACACAUAUCUAAAUUAUCUCUAAUUUGGGAUGAGAAUGCCUUCUUCAGAACCAGAUGCACAAAAUUAUCACCAAAAGUACUUGAAUUUAAAAAGAAAGUUGAAAUUUCUUCUUUAUGAAAAUGAAAGUUUUCAAGAAGAAUUAAAAAAAGCACAAAGAAAACUUCUAAAGGUUUCUCGUGACAAAAGUUUUCUAUUGGAUCGGUUACUGCGAUAUGAAACUGUAGAAUCAUCUUCUAGUGAUUCUGAAGCUACAGUAUCUAGUGACUCUGAUAGUGAAUUCAGAGCUGAACUUCUGAACUUAAAAAAAAAAAAAACUUCUGCUAACACUGAUAAUCAAGACACAAAUGUUGCAAGUUCAUCCACUAAUAAUGUUACAAAUGAAGUGAAAAAGAAGAAAAACAGGAAAGCUUGUCCUCCUAAACCAGUUGUAAAUCCAAUUGAAACACCCAAAGCAACGCCAAAUGUAAAGGUUGAAUCAGUAUCGGUGAAUCUCGGUGAUGGACACAUGACAUCUGAAGAAAUCGAAAGACAUUUAGAAGCCAAACAAUCUUUAAGAGAUUUAAUACCUGAGAAGACUCCAUUGACAGUUCCUGCAGAAAUGUUCAGUAAUGAACCUUCUGUAAUGGAAUGUGAAAUUAUGGAUGGACAAGUAUCUGACAUUUCUUCUAAUACUGUUGUUGAAAAUGUUGGAAUCAUGAUCGAUAUACAAGAAUGAAAAUACAUUAUAUCACAGGAUUUUCUGAGCAUUGUGAAUUUCAUUUGCUUCAUUCCUUGCUUUUUCUUAUUUUGCUGUAUACUUAUUUCAAUAUUGUAUAUAAAUACUUGUAAAGAAAAUGUAUAGAUGAAACGAUUAAUUUCCAUAGUAUUAUUAAAUAUUGCUUUUAUAAUUU